AUGGCGGUCUAUGCUAUUUUCUUCUUUUUUCAUGAAUUUAUUCAACAAGCGGUAAACGUUCUUUCUCUGGAGCCGGGAUGGCUCGGAUCGAUUGGCAGGAAAGUCAUCCAGGAGACAAAGAAAAGUUAA